AUGUAUCGAUCCAAGAGCACUGCUGCCCGCGGCGGGAACCGCAGCAGCGGCAUUCUCAAUGCCUUGCAUGCCACCUCAAUCGUGGACCCCAGGGCAAAUCUCCCCGCCGAGAUCCUCGUGGCAAUCCUCGAUUACCUUCCCGUGGCCGACCAGAUACGAUUCGCCCGCGCGUCCUGGCGAUUCCAGGAGAUGGUAUAUGACGACACACGAUGGGUAGCGCGGCUCAAGGCCAUGGGUUGCUGGAACGAGCUCGAGGCGAGACAGCGAUUUGAAGACAUGGCCCGGAAACGCAAAGAGGCAGCUCUGAGAGCCAAGGCUGGCGCCCCGGGCGAGGUCAAGACCAAUGGCACCAGACAAGCCUCUUCCACCUUGUUCGACGUCGCUGAGGAGGAGGAGGAGUCGAAGAAGCGAGCGGCAUCGGGUUUGCAAGAUGGCUUCCAGACCAUGACCAUCGGGACCACGAGCGCCCCUGUCCGGAACGCCUCAGACGACCCAUCCAAGUAUCUCGACGUUUUUAAGAACGUCAAGAGUAUCCGCGGAGGUGCCAGGCAGGAGUACGGCAAGAUUUACGGCGCCCUCGCUCCAUUCUACUACGAUCUCAUCACGGCGCAGACCCACGCCGAUCCCAUUGUCUUCGAGGCCUUCCGAGAUCCAGAAAGUCAAGCUCAGAUGCUUGCCAAUUUGAAGCGGUUCGCAAAAAGCGAUUGGGCAGAGGCAUCCCUUGAUCGGGACGAGAAGAUACAGCACAUGAUGAGCAUCUUCGAGAGUGCCGUGCUGCGCGAGUUUGAGCAGGGAUACGAGUUCUGGGAUGUCGACGGGAGAAUGCGCCGAUAUGCCAACGUGCUCCAUAUCUUGGAUGGCUCUCGGAGCGGCAUCGAGUUGUUCAUUCACAAGCAUCCCAUCUUCGAGGACAAAACUCUCAUGGUGAGCCCGGUCAACUGCAUGAGUCGUGAGAAUCCAGAUGAGAUAUCGCUGGAGCCGUCACAGCAAUUCCUUGACCUCAUCUUAGCCGAGCUCAACGACCAAACGCCUAUUUUGGAGCGCAUCUUCCCUCAGCCAAGUAUAGCUUUCUGGGCACUGGCAGAUAAAAUUAGAGAUGAUAUCAUCAUGGAGUACACAACGCCGCUUUUUGACGAGGCUCACGAGCGAAGCAUUGCGGCAUACCUGAAGGCUGUGUCGGGUGUGUUUGAGCAAACCUUGCGACUGUUCCAGUCUUUGCAGUUACCGAAUGAUUCAGAACUAGAUUUGAAGGAAAAGGCAAAGGAGCUGGCAUUGAGCGUCUUUGAACCUCAUCUCGAUCUAUAUUUGCAAGAAGAACUGGAUUUCUUCACCAAGCAGGCCGAAUCUGAAGUCGACGCCUGGGAUAAGAAGCUUUCGGAGCAGGACUCGUCGCUGGAAUCUUUCUACAUGGCCAACUUCAACCGCUCUGCUGACAAGAAGGAUUUCUUGAGCUCCUUCAAGAAAGUGGUGAUGAUGCCCGUCACGGUUCUACCAAACAUUGGCUCGACCUUUGCCAACAAUAGCUCUAGUUCGAAACCCACAGCCGUAACGGCGAACGGCUCAUCGGUCGGAACACCACAGCCUUCGAGACCUCAGACUCCUGGAUUUGGAGGUCUCGAUGGCAAAACCGGACUGCCCGACGACGCACCCAAAGACGAGUUGGCGGCCAAGGCUGCCCUGAUGGCAACGAAGCUAGAGGGCAUAAAGUCUCUAUUCAGCAUCGAGGUGGCUCUCAAUCUCGUCCACUCUGCAAAGACGAGUCUGGGGCGGGCGGCAGUCUUUAUCCAAUUGGGCGGCCAAGUAGGUGAGGAGGCACGAGAGCAGUGCGCCAACAUCUUCGUCGUUUUGCUACGAAUCCUUGGCCAGGGCCACGUCAAGGGUGGAUUUCAGCGUGCCGUUGAGAGUCUUUCUCACUAUAACCCUCGCGAGGCCUCUAGCCACGAGAAGCAAGGCGUUGCCCCUCUGGUGAUGUUCAUUGAGCUUGUCAACGUGGGCGACCUCAUCUCACAGAUGGUGGAUGUAUUCUACGAGCAGCAGCUGGCUGCGCCCAAGAUUGCCGAUAAGAACGACUUCCUGGAUCCGGCUGGCCUAGCUAAAAAGAAGUUUGAGCAGAUGUUGGACGAGAACGUCGCCGCGGGGCUGAACAAGGGUAUUGAUGCUCUCAUGGACGAGGUUGAGUACCUCCAAGCCACCAUGCAGCUUCCAACAGAUUACAACCCCGGCUACGAUGCUUCAGAAUCUUCCACCGGCAUUCUAGGUUCCGGGGCGCCCAACCCCUUCGCGUCUGCCGCAGCGCCGGCUCCUCAGGCAGCGAGCGGCAACUUCAACAUCGGCCCCACGCCCACCGCGCAGCGCAUCGUGGAGCUCGUCUCCUCCCACACCAAGAUGCUCACGGGCACCACCGAGAAGUCCAUGCUCGACGUCUUCAACGCCGAGGUCGGCCUCCGCCUGUUCACCGCCAUCUGCAAGCACCUCAAGCGCCAGCGCAUCUCCAUCGACGGCGCCGUGCCCCUCAUCGCCGACAUGACCAUCUACUUCGAGUACGUCCGGUCCCUCCGCAACCCGGACAUCCUCCCCUACUUCCGCGCCCUGCGCGAGCUGAGCCAGAUCUACCUCAUCGACCCCUCGCAUGCAAAGGACAUGGCGACCGUCAUCGCUGAUGGAGACCGCUUCAGCGGCGUCUUCCGCGCAGAGGAGGUGUACGAGUACGCGCAGCGGAGAGCAGACUGGUACCAGGUGCGGAGGAGCGUCGAAAGGGCCAUGUACGGGCUGGAGUGCUCUGUGAUGUAG